CGGGGGGAGACCGGAUAUAGUGAAUGCAGGACCUGGGGAGACCGGAUAUAGUCAAUGUAGGGUCCUGGGAGAUCAGAUAUAGUGGAUGCAGGGUCCUGGGAGACCAGAUAUAGUGGAUGCAGGGUCCGGGGAGACCAGAUAUAGUGGAUGCAGGGUCCUGGGAGACCAGAUAUAGUGAAUGCAGGGUCCGGGGAGACCAAAUAUAGUAAAUGCAGGGUCCGGGGAGACCAGAUAUAGAGAAUGCAGGGUCCGGGGAGACCAGAUAUAGUGAAUGCAGGGGUCAGGGGAGACCAGAUAUAGUGAAUGCAGGGUCCAGGGAGACCAGAUAUAGUGAAUGCAGGGUCCGG